UUUCAUUCAAAUUUCUAUCCACUAUCCCAAAACCCAGAUUUUUGCCAGAAUUAGGGUUUCGUCCAAUUAAGUUACUCAAACGAUGUCGUUGAGACCAGGCUCCAGAGCUGAACUCCGUCGCGGCCGCUACAAAGUGGCGGUGGACGCCGAAGAAGGCCGCCGGAGGAGGGAAGACAACAUGGUCGAGAUUCGAAAGAACCGCAGAGAAGAAAGCUUGCAGAAGAAGCGCCGCGAAGGCCUGCAAAAUGCAUUUGUUGUUCAAUCGGAUACCUCUUCUGUCGAAAAAAAGCUAGAAAAUCUACAAGCAAUGGUUGCUGGUGUUUGGACAGAUGAUGGCAGUCUACAACUUGAGGCAACCACUCAAUUCAGGAAAUUGCUUUCCAUAGAACGAAGUCCGCCAAUUCAGGAAGUGAUUCAAGCUGGCGUUGUCCCUCGCUUUGUUCAGUUUCUUAUGAGGGAGGAUUUUCCCCAACUUCAGUUUGAGGCAGCUUGGGCCCUCACAAACAUUGCUUCUGGGACAUCUGAGCACACUAAGGUUGUUAUAGACCAUGGGGCUGUUCCCAUAUUUGUACAGCUUCUUAGUUCUCCCAGCGAUGAUGUCCGCGAACAGGCUGUAUGGGCUCUGGGAAAUGUGGCUGGUGAUUCCCCAAAAUGCCGUGAUCUUGUUCUUGGUCAUGGAGCUCUGGGUCCUUUGCUGGCUCAGCUAAAUGAGCAUGCAAAGCUAUCAAUGUUGCGAAAUGCCACCUGGACAUUAUCUAAUUUCUGCAGAGGCAAGCCUCAGCCUUCAUUUGAUCAGACAAGACCAGCUCUUCCAGUUCUUCAGCAGCUUGUGCAUUCAAGUGAUGAAGAAGUUUUGACUGAUGCGUGUUGGGCACUCUCCUAUCUUUCUGAUGGGACAAAUGAUAAAAUCCAAGCUGUCAUAGAUUCUGGAGUAUGCCCUCGAUUGGUAGAGUUAUUGCUGCAUCCUUCUCCAUCAGUGCUGGUCCCUGCUCUUCGAACAGUUGGAAACAUUGUAACUGGAGAUGAUAUGCAGACUCAGUGCAUUCUUAAUCAUCAAGCACUAGGCCGCCUUCUGAACCUCUUGGCUGGUAAUUAUAAGAAGAGCAUUAAGAAGGAAGCUUGCUGGACCAUUUCUAACAUUACUGCAGGCAACAGGGAUCAAAUACAGGCUGUUAUUGAAUCUGGUAUCAUGAGUCCGCUCAUAGAUUUGCUUCAGAAUGGGGAGUUUGAAAUUAAAAAGGAGGCUGCAUGGGCCAUCUCAAAUGCUACCUCUGGUGGCAGUCAUGAACAAAUUAAGUACCUUGUGAGUCAAGCAUGUAUCAAGCCUUUGUGUGACCUUCUUGUUUGUCCUGAUCCAAGAAUUGUCUCAGUAUGUCUGGAGGGGCUUGAAAACAUCUUGAAGGUUGGAGAAGCUGAGAAGAAUUUGGGAAUAACAGGAGAUGUGAAUCUCUAUGCUCAAAUGAUUGAUGAUGCUGAAGGGUUGGAGAAAAUUGAGAACCUUCAGAGUCAUGACAACAAUGACAUUUAUGAGAAGGCAGUGAAGAUUCUUGAGACAUACUGGCUAGAGGAAGAUGAUGACACAAUGCCUCCUGGUGAUGCAUCUCAGCAGAGUUUCCAGCUUGGAGGGUCACAGAUCUCAGUGCCUUCUGGGGGAUUCAACUUCAACUGAAGAUGCCAGGAGUGUUCCUGCUCGUUUCUUGUCUGAUAGUAGUUGCAGGAAGGUGCUGGGUAUUUGGAACACCAAAAGUAGCUUCGGUCAGACAGCAUAAGCGUUAUUCCAAGAAUUUUUUUGGAGAUUGGGCUUCUAGCUAGGUACCCAAGCUCAUUGCGUCAAGGUUGAAUACCCUGAAAAUUUUCUUCUCGGGCUUUCUUAAUUUCUUCUCUUGUCCAUUUUAGCGUGUGCUGGGUUAUUUUGGCCCUCCCAAAACCUAGCUUGUACUUAACGGGGGUAUUGUUUUUCCCUUGGUUUAGUGACACUGCUUCUCCCUAUUCCAAGAGCUUCUAGUGUCAUUAUUUAACUUCCAAGAGCAUUGAUUUUUCUUCUUUUUUUUUGGAAGAUGAUUGAAAAGAUGUGAAUGCCAAAAGCGCUGAAAUCUUUAUUAGAAAA